AUGGAAGAUUUUCUCUCUCACUAUGCAGCAGUUUCGUCUGCCGAUGGUAGCUAUGUGAAACUAUAUCUCCAACAGCACACCGGCGAAAUCCUCGAAGGAACUUGGUACAAACACGCCCAACAAUGGGUGUUCAAACAAAUCAUGGAUGCCGGCGUGGCAGCACUUCCCACUCCUCUCGCUGCCGCAAUGAGCCCGGACGAUCACAUCAGAUUAUUCUUCGUCGACGACGAGAUGGUCAUUCAGGAAUUCGAGAUCGUGAAGGGAGAGGCUUCCAUUGGUAGCUUUUGUACUGUCAACGCUAAGCUUCCUGAAGUUGCUGGGUUGUCGGCUGUGCCGAAUUAUUCUGGUCGGGAGCAGUUUAGACUUUACCACCCUGGCGAGGACGGUUAUCUCCAAAACUACGGCCUCAACGGUGGGUUAUGGGAGCGUCCAGCGGGAAUCGCAUCACAAAUCGAUUUACAAUCCCCGAUUUGCAGUGUAAACAGCAAUCCCUCGGACUGGGGCGUCCCCUGCAUCAAAACUUUCUACCGGAACCGCUCUAGUGAGCUCAAAGUGCUAGAGUGGAAUGGCUCAGCUAGCGGCUUGCGGGCCGAAACUACCCCGUUCUACAGUCUACCAGAAAGCGCUAAGUUUGCAGCAGCAUAUACUGAAGCUAAGGGCUCUGGUAGCGACAACAUUUCCACACCUGCUAAGGUGAUGUUGUUCGUCGUUGAAGACGGACAAUUAAUGGUUUGUGGGAAGAAUGGAAGCUCUAGCUGGAGUCCUCCGCUGGCUGUCAGUAUUGAACGGGAUGGCACCAAUAUUGCGGCCGUUAGUGCCAGGGAAGGCGAUGGUACUAAUGAUGUUCAUGUGUUCACUUCGGAAGAAGAGGGUCAAUUUGUUCAUCGUAUCUUAAGGGACGGGGAGUGGGAGGAUUCCGUGAUCAAUCCUGCCGAGCUGCUGGCAAAUCCUGUCGCCGUACCAAUUUUGAUACCGGAGAUGAGGCUUGGUGCUGGCCAUGGUGAUUUCAGAAUAGGGCCCGGUUCCGGUAACAAUACCAACUCAAAAACGAGUCCCGCAGCGCACAGGGAUGAAAUUGGUGGCAUGUCAUUCGUAGAGUCGUUGAAAGAUGUUGGGUUGACCCUGGGGUCUUUGGGAGAGACUGAUAAACAGUUUAGCCAUAUCCAGAUUCCACAUGAUGAGGAUCAUGAACAUAUCGUCUUGCCGAAGCUUACACAGGCAACCUAUGAGGACUCGAUGGAUCGGUUGACAUUUUUCUAUCGUACUGCUAUAGACCAAACUUCUUCACUGCAUAAGGCAUCAUUGAUCGAUUCAGACCUUCCAGGUUUCCUUUCACUCUCAAUAAUGAAGCUGCGAUACAGGUGGUCUAACCCACGUCAGGACUACUACCCACCACAUCUGGACCAAGGCGUCUUUAGAAACAUCCUAGACAUCUUCAACUUCGGUGGUAUCUUCAAAAACGACUAUUUAAUCCCCAUUGUGGAGUUAUUCGCUAAAUCCGUACCAUGGUCUUUCUCCGAAGGCCUCACGGGCUCUGGGGCUCCGUGGCUUUUCGACCGCUCCAAACCCGUUACCAUGGCUGGUAUCCAAUCUGCCACAAAACAGCUACAUGGCGCCAAUAAUGGCAAGGGUCGAGGAAUUUAUACCAAAGAUACCAUUGGCGAUGAUCCACACUGGUUCACUGAUGAAAAGUUCGCGCAACAGCAUUUCAGCGGUACUAACCCUACCACCAUCCGUGCCGCAUCGAAUAACUGGGUCGGCAGCUUUGUCAGAACUGCGAAAGCACAGCGUCUCAAUGGAUUUGAAAAGCAAGUCAUGGCUGUGAGGAAAAACUUGUUUGUGCAGGACUAUAGUUACUUCAGAGCUUCGAUGGGUCAAAAGGGCUCGUAUGAUUUAUCAUACACUAGUACCCUCCAAGACCGAUUCACCGAUCUUCACGGCCUUUUCUUUCACGAGAGACAUGCUUGUGCUUCUGUCGUUCUAUUCGAACUACACGAUGACGGGCAUUUACACCCUCUUGCGAUUGUCUUAGAUUACAAAGAAGACGAUAUCAAACUCCAAGGUCACAGAUACGAGAAAACCUCUAGUGCUGCGAUGCAAAACUCGGUUGUUAUAUUUAACAAGAAGACGUCGCCAUCCCAGCGUCAUGACGAAGAACAUGACUGGCCAUGGCGAUAUGCAAAGAUGUGUGCUCAAGUCAGCGAUUGGCAUCGUCACGAAAUUGCUAUUCAUUUGGUCAACACCCAUUUGGUCGAAGAAGCCGCUAUCGUCGCAAUGAUGAGAACCGUUGAAGAGAAACACGUUGUUUACAGAUUACUCAAGCCUCACUGGGUGAAAACACUUCCAUUGAACCAUGCGGCAAGAUUGAUCUUGAUGCCGGCCAUCAUCAAACCUAUCGCUGGUUUCCGCCCUAGCGAUGUGAACAAAUUCACCAUGGAUGCUUACAAGAAUUUCUACUGGGAGGAUCUAUACAUUCCCAACGACCUGAAACUCCGUGGCUUCCCGAACAAGGAAUCUGAACUCAAUGCGAACAAAUACCGCAACUACUCUUACGCAAAAAAUAUGGUAGUAAUGUGGGAUAUCAUCCACACCUUCGUCGGAAAGGUCUUGAACGACCAUUAUAAGAAUGACGAUGCGGUCCGCAAUGAUACCGAAAUCCAAGCCUGGGUUCAAGAAAUGCAAAGCGAUCACGGUGCCCAACAGAAGCAUUUCCCAGACAUCAAAACCCGAGAGUCGUUAAUCAACGUGGUAACAAUGUGCAUCCACAUUGCAUCUCCACAACAUACUGCCGUCAACUACAUGCAAGAAUACUACCAAACCUUUGUUCCCAAUAAACCCCCAUCGUUCUUCAAACCUAUUCCAAAAAGUAACGAUGAAUUGAAAGACGUCAAGGAAGAUUUCAUUAUCUCUUCUCUCCCAUUCGUUCCGCCGAGUUUCAAUCUUCUUAAACCCUUGAAGAAUACAGUUGGAGUCGGAAAUGUUUGGUUACUCGCUGCGCAUUUACCUCAUCUGUUGAGCGAGGAGGUCCAUGCUCCGUUGGAUAUGAGUUCUUACUCUGAUCAAGCCGUGGACAUUGAGAGGAGAUCGGGAACUCCAGAUUCGAUUAAGGCAGCCGAAGAGUUUAGGACCAGGAUUAAGGGGUUGACGAAGGUAUUUGAUGCACACUCUGGUAAGAUGACGGUGAAGGUUACGCCGUCUGGAUACAGUGUCAUGAAUCCCGAGAAGAUGGCAGUGUCGAUUUUGAUUUAG